AAAGGUCUUGUUCUUCUUUUGGCGUUCAUUAUUGUUGACUUGUCUUUUAGCUCCAUCUCCGCUUCAAACUCACAAGUCCAAGCAACUGCCCGGAACGAAGGCGGUGGUGGUGGUGGUGGUGGAAAUAAGACCGUCUGAAUGUGACUCGGGCCAAGCCCGAGUUUUACCCUGAAGGAAACUCGCGCCCAUCCUAUGCUUGAUUUGGAGACGCCGCAACAAGCAGAAGUUCGUAUCCGCGCAAAGUGCCGUUUCCUCGGAGCCAUCUCGGAUGCUCUCCCGGCGUUUCGAAUUCUAAAUCCAGAUUAUUAUUAUUAUCUUUUUAACGCAGACCUUGUAAAUCGGAUCCGGGUUGAGGAUCGGGCUGCGUUUUGGGGCAAGGAUUUUCUCAGCCGGCUCGACCAACCAGAACUGGGGAGCAGCAGAACCUGAAAGAUCCGCCGACGCUGCCUUCCCUUUUAUUUCCUGCCUCCUUUCCUCGGCUCUCCUUCUUCCAAACCGGCCUGAUUUUUUUUUCCCCUCCAGGCGUUUAAAGGGAAACCGCGCCGCGCUCCAUCCUCCUCCUCCUCACCCUCCCGGGUACCGAGCACCGAAUUAGCGGCAAACACCCGGCCCGCGAUUCCGCCGAUCGCCGCCGCCGCCACCCGGCUCUCCAAACGCGCGCUCAGGCGCCGCCCCUUCAAGCGGCUCUUUCUCCUCCCAGGAAGCCGCCGUGACGGCGAGGGCUCUUCUCUCCGGAGCAAGUGGACGAGGUGACGCGCCGCGCCUCCUCCGAAAAGCCGCCGGUUGGCGAGCCGUCGGGAAGGAGGAGAAGGAGAGAGAGAGAGCCGGGCAUGCCUCCGCCGAAGCACUCGCGCCCCUGAGGGAAUCUCGGCCGCCGAACGCAACUCGCGCCUCCUUUUUCUGACACCGAGGAACGACCGGGCUGGGGCGCAUGAGAACUGGGCAUCGCGCCUCAGGCGAUUUGGUGGUUUCCCCCCCCCCCUCCUGAGCGCUCGUUUGGAGAGCGAGCCCCGGCUUUCCCCUUCGCCCUUGCCUGGGGAAGAGUGCCCGGGGGAGGGUCUCCCCUCCGUCGGUCGCAGCGCAUGAGGAGAGAAGCGCCCUGAGGACGCCUUCCUCCCUCCGGGUACGAGAGACCGACGACUUGGCCGAGGCUGCCCCGGCGGGCGACGGCGUCGGUAACCUUGGUCUUGCGCUCCUUUCCAUCUCCAGGGGCGCGGAGGUGGUAGCCCCCCUCUCGUCAACAUGGCGAGUGAUUCUCCGGCUCGGAGCUUGGACGAGAUAGAUCUGUCCGCCUUGAGGGAUCCCGCAGGCAUCUUUGAAUUGGUUGAACUGGUUGGCAAUGGGACUUACGGACAAGUGUAUAAGGGCCGUCAUGUUAAAACCGGGCAACUUGCAGCUAUUAAAGUCAUGGAUGUCACUGGGGAUGAAGAAGAAGAAAUUAAACAAGAAAUUAACAUGCUAAAGAAAUACUCUCAUCACCGAAAUAUCGCUACUUAUUAUGGUGCUUUCAUUAAAAAGAACCCACCAGGAAUGGAUGAUCAGCUCUGGCUGGUGAUGGAGUUCUGUGGUGCUGGAUCUGUUACUGAUCUGAUCAAGAACACAAAAGGGAACACUUUGAAGGAGGAGUGGAUUGCCUAUAUCUGCAGGGAGAUUUUACGGGGCUUGAGUCAUCUCCAUCAACACAAAGUGAUCCAUCGAGAUAUUAAAGGCCAAAAUGUUUUGCUGACUGAAAAUGCAGAAGUUAAACUAGUGGAUUUUGGAGUCAGCGCUCAACUAGACAGAACAGUUGGUCGAAGAAAUACAUUUAUUGGAACACCCUACUGGAUGGCACCUGAGGUCAUCGCCUGUGAUGAAAACCCUGAUGCUACUUAUGAUUUCAAGAGUGAUUUGUGGUCUUUAGGGAUCACAGCCAUUGAAAUGGCAGAAGGAGCUCCCCCCCUUUGUGAUAUGCAUCCUAUGAGAGCUUUGUUUCUCAUUCCCCGAAACCCAGCCCCCAGGCUGAAAUCAAAGAAGUGGUCCAAAAAAUUCCAGUCCUUCAUUGAAAGCUGCCUGGUGAAAAACCAUGGUCAGAGGCCAACCACUGAACAGCUGAUGAAGCACCCAUUUAUUCGAGACCAGCCAAAUGAAAGGCAGGUUCGAAUCCAGCUCAAAGACCACAUUGACAGGACUAAGAAAAAACGAGGAGAAAAAGAUGAGACAGAAUACGAGUACAGUGGAAGUGAGGAGGAAGAGGAAGAAAAUGACUCUGGAGAACCCAGCUCCAUCCUAAACCUGCCUGGAGAAUCGACCUUAAGGCGAGAUUUUUUGCGGCUUCAGCUUGCAAACAAGGAACGCUCGGAGGCCCUCCGUCGGCAGCAGCUGGAGCAGCAACAGCGUGAAAAUGAAGAGCACAAGAGGCAGCUCUUGGCGGAACGUCAGAAGAGAAUUGAGGAGCAGAAAGAGCAGAGGCGGAGGCUGGAAGAGCAGCAAAGGAGAGAGAAGGAGCUAAGAAAACAACAAGAGAGGGAACAACGGCGGCAUUAUGAAGAACAAUUGCGGCGAGAAGAGGAAAGGAGACGGGCUGAACACGAGCAGGAAUACAUCAGGCGACAGUUAGAGGAAGAACAGAGGCAGUUAGAGAUCCUGCAGCAGCAGUUACUGCAGGAACAAGCUCUACUUCUGGAAUACAAGCGCAAGCAGUUGGAGGAACAACGGCAAGCGGAGAGGCUACAGCGACAACUGCAACAAGAACGAGACUAUCUAGUUUCGUUACAGCAGCAACAGCGACAGGAACAAAGACCAACUGAGAAGAAGCCUCUCUAUCAUUAUAAGGAGGGGAUGAACGCCACUGAGAAGCCAGCUUGGGCAAAGGAGGUUGAAGAACGUUCCAGACUUAACCGGCAAAGCUCCCCAGCCAUGCCUCACAAGGUGGCCAACAGAAUUUCUGACCCAAACCUUCCGCCUCGAUCAGAAUCCUUUAGUAUUAGCGGGGUGCAGCCUGCUCGGACACCACCCAUGUUGCGAUCAGUGGAUCCACAGAUUCCACAUCUGGUCAGUGUGAAAUCCCAGGGACCUUCCUUGCCUGCCUCUCAGUCACUGCAUGAACAACCCACAAAGGGAAUGGCUGGGUUUCAGGAAGCUCUAACGGUGACCUCUCACCGCACUGAGAUGCCAAGGCAGAACUCGGACCCCACUUCCGAAAAGCCUCCUCUCCCCCCUCGUGUUGAAAAGUUUGAUCGAAGUUCUUGGUUACGACAGGAAGAAGACAUUCCACCAAAGGUACCUCAACGAACUACUUCCAUUUCACCUGCAUUAGCUCGGAAGAACUCACCUGGGAAUGGGAAUGCUCUAGGACCUCGACUCGGAUCACAGCCCAUAAGAGCAAGUAACCCAGACCUGCGGAGAACAGAGCCCAUAAUAGAAAAUCUGAUACAGAGGACAAGCAGUGGCAGUUCUUCCAGCUCCAGCACCCCCAGUUCACAGCCCAGUUCGCAGGCCGGCUCACAGCCUGGAUCCCAAGCUGGCUCCAGUGAACGGAACCGAGCCAGAGGAAAUGCCAAGCUUGAAGGAUCACCCAUACUCCCACAUGAACCAGCCAAGGUAAAGCAGGAAGACAGCAAGGAGAUGACACGGCCAAGUCGACCUGCUGAUCUGACUGCUUUAGCAAAAGAACUGCGGGAGCUGCGGAUUGAAGAAACCAACCGGCCUUUAAAGAAAGUUACCGAUUAUUCCUCUUCCAGUGAGGAGUCUGAAAGCAGCGAAGAGGAGGAAGAAGACGGAGAAAGUGAAACACAAGACGGCACCGUGCCUGUCAGCGACAUCCCAAGGCUUAUACCAACGGGAAUGCCAGCCAACGAGUCCUACAAUCUAGGAAUGGUAUCGAGCCAUGGUGGUCUGGAGCCCCCCCACCCUGACAAAUUUAGCAGUAUUUCAAGAGAAGGGACUUUAAUGAUAAGGGAGACUUCUGGUGACCACAAGCGCUCAGGCCACCCAGCCAGCAAUGGCUUUGCUGGCCAUGUCAACCUUCCCGAUCUAGUGCAACAAAGCCACUCACCUGCGGGCACACCGACUGAGGGCUUGGGGAGAGUCUCCACCCAUGGGCAAGAGAUGGAGCCAGUGGCUGAAUACGGCAUGGGGAGCAGUACAAAAGCUUCUUUCGCCCCAUUUGUGGACACCAGAGUGUAUCAGACCUCUCCAACUGAUGAAGACGAAGAUGAUGAUGAAGAAUCCUCGGCUACAGCAUUAUUUACCAGUGAGCUGCUGAGGCAAGAACAGGCCAAGCUUAAUGAAGCAAGAAAAAUUUCUGUAGUAAAUGUGAAUCCUACCAACAUCCGUCCUCAUAGUGAUACCCCAGAGAUUCGAAAGUACAAGAAACGCUUCAAUUCAGAAAUCCUGUGUGCUGCUUUAUGGGGUGUAAACCUGCUGGUGGGAACCGAGAAUGGGCUUAUGCUGUUGGAUCGGAGUGGACAAGGAAAAGUGUACAAUCUGAUCAAUAGGAGACGGUUCCAACAAAUGGAUGUUUUAGAAGGCCUCAACGUCCUAGUAACUAUCUCAGGAAAAAAGAAUAAGCUUCGAGUUUACUACCUUUCAUGGUUAAGAAACAGAAUAUUGCACAAUGAUCCAGAGGUAGAAAAGAAACAAGGUUGGAUUACUGUAGGUGAUUUGGAAGGCUGCAUCCAUUAUAAAGUUGUGAAAUAUGAGAGAAUCAAGUUCUUGGUGAUUGCCUUAAAGAAUGCUGUAGAGAUAUAUGCUUGGGCUCCUAAACCUUAUCACAAGUUUAUGGCAUUUAAGUCUUUUGCAGAUCUUCAGCACAAACCGUUGCUUGUUGACCUCACAGUAGAAGAAGGACAGAGGUUGAAAGUCAUCUUUGGGUCACAUACUGGCUUUCAUGUUAUUGAUGUAGAUUCAGGCAAUUCUUACGAUAUCUACAUACCAUCUCAUAUUCAGGGCAAUAUUACACCUCAUGCCAUCGUCAUCUUACCCAAGACAGAUGGAAUGGAAAUGCUUGUGUGCUAUGAGGAUGAAGGAGUAUACGUUAAUACCUAUGGACGCAUAACAAAAGAUGUGGUGCUCCAGUGGGGAGAAAUGCCCACUUCAGUGGCCUAUAUUCACUCCAAUCAAAUAAUGGGCUGGGGUGAGAAAGCUAUUGAGAUACGAUCCGUGGAGACGGGACAUUUGGAUGGAGUAUUUAUGCACAAGCGUGCCCAGCGGUUAAAGUUUCUAUGUGAAAGAAAUGAUAAGGUAUUUUUUGCAUCGGUAAGAUCAGGGGGAAGUAGCCAAGUAUUUUUCAUGACCCUGAACAGAAAUUCCAUGAUGAACUGGUAAUGAAAGGGCAUGUGGUGCUGAUUUUGAUGCCAAGAUGUGUUAAAUUUUGAAGGACAUCUGAAUUUGCAGAGUUACACUGUCAGAGCAAGCGAAGGAGAAGAUAUUGUGGAUCCUGUAGCUUUCUUCGGUGAUCACAGUCUGCUCAUGGAGCCACAUUCUGAGAACAUGACAUACUUUUCCCACAGUGAUUUCGGAAUGCAGGUUUCUUCAAGAUCCCAAGAAUGCAACACUGUUUGAGCAGGAAAGGACCAACGCUGAAGAGGUUUAGCUGAAUAAACCUCUCCGAGGUGUUCAAACUAAGCUGUGAUAGAAUCGGCUCUAGGGUUUUUAAAAAUAAUAAUUAUUUUUUUUUCCUUGAUCCUGAGUUUGUAUGAAUAGAGACAGGUCUUAAAGUUAAAACAGAAUAUCUGUUUUAAUAAUGUCUGCCUAUUAGCACCGAUUAUAUAGUACGAUGUAAGGCAGAUUCCCCUGACCUGGUGUCUUUUAGGUGUGGUGGACUAGAGCUCCCAUGAUCAUGGCUAGUGAGCCAAAUGGGUAUGUUGGUUUGGAAUGAUGGGAGUUGUAAUCAAACACAUCUGUGUGGAGGUUAGGCUGAGAACUGCUGUUAAGAAGUUAUCAUUUAAAACUGAUGCAAGAGAGCACAAUAAAUGUACCAUUUUUAAUCUUUGUGUGAGAGGCCCUAACCAUAGAGUGGCCACUUUUUGUAAACUCUUUUUCCUUUUAUGGACAUUUGUGUGAGGAUUAUUUUGUUGUGGUUGUUUUUGUUUUAUUUUAUUUUUAUUGUUUGCAAACCGGUCAAAGAUAUUUCAGAUAAGAGUAUACAUGAGAUUUUUGUCCCAUUCCUUUGGGAAAUCUAAAUGGCUAGACUCCUAGCUUUGGAGAGUAUAAGAUGAUCGUGAUAAGAGUUAACUUUUUGUCAAUCUUUCAGUUCAUACUACUUCUUCCCCAGCCUGGCCAUCUCCAGAUGGGAUGAGAGGCCACCUCCCCAGAUUCCCAGCCAGCGAGGUCACAAGCUGAAUACAUCUGGCUGAUCAAUGCUCUUCUUUAUAGAUCUUUGCAUAAUGGUGCUCAUUGAUUAAAAAAAAAAAAAAAACAGCAGUGCCAUUCUUGUUAGUCAUUCCCACUUGUUGCCUUUCUCCAAGCUGUAACACGAAGGUAUCUCUAAAUGGGAAGCUAAUUGAAAUGGGUUGUAAGAUUCCAAAGAUUGGCUAAAGAAUGCCCCUAGCAGCUUGAUACGUAAGGCAUCUUAACUCGGAUGUGUUUGAAUCCAAAUCAUACCUAUUCUGUACAGUUGUACUUUACUUCGGGGGAUAAGGGGGCAUGAUUCCUUGUAGAUACUGGUGUGUUUUAUUUCUUCCACUAAAAAUUACAAAGAGACGACAUCAUUCCGAUAUUUCCAAGAUGGAAGUCCCAAAUACAGAUCAGUAUUUUUUAAUCUAAUGGUGUCCUCUUCUCAAUAAUGGAAAAUCUUAAUAAAAUAUUCACCUCUCGGUACGAAGACGUGCAGGAGAAGGAGAGCGGAUUAAAGGAGGGUUUCAUUGAUCGGUUAUCUGACAUUUAGAUUUCAUCUUUCUGCCCUUCCCCCGUGUACCCAUCUGUAUAAUGACCAACAAAUGUGCAGAAGGAUGUAUGUUUUUCAUUUGAAUUUAUCUCUGUCUUUAUAUGCUUUGUUCAAAUUAUUUGUAUUUUUAAAUUAGUUAUUUCCACUGUCUCCAAGCCUGGAUUCUCCUCCCUGGUUUCUGGAUAUAACAUAAUUGGAUCUGUUUUGCUAUUUUUAACCUACCUCAUUUUAUUUUUAUUUCAGUUCUCUCUUCCUUAUUAGCUCCCAUAGAUACUCGGAGAGUUUAACUGGCCAGUCCAAGGAAUAGCUGAGUAUUCUGCAGAGGCCAGGUUUUUGAGAAGUGGAAAACUGACAUCAAACUCUCCAUUUCCUUUCCCCCUCCCCUUUCAACCAUUCCAUAACUUCAGAAUUUUGACUGUAUAUGCCAGUUGAUGCUACUGUAGUCACAAUGCAUUGAUCCGUGAGAGCAGUUGGCUAUAAACACACAACCAUGCAAAGUCAUCUGUCAGAGAGGCUACCCAAAAUUACUGGAAGCCAGGAGCUCAGAACGUAUUGCUAUCAUUAUGCAUACAUGAAGUUAUGAGUUACAAGCUCAGUUAGUCUAUGUUACUCUUGAAAGUCAUCAGAAGUCACUGACUUCUCGGAAACGGGCUUUCUGGAUAGGCAUAUGCAAGCUGGAUGGGAGAAAUAAUUGAUACCUUUCUUAAUGAUACAUUCCAUCAGAAAUAAGCUCAUGUUUGUCAUCCACAUUCAACUCUAUCUCACUAUCUGGCCUAGAGAGAUGAUGGUGAUAGCAGUGCUGGCUAUAUGUACAACCAGAUGAACCUUUCAGGUUAAGCAUGCUCUGUCAUUAGUAUUCAACGUAAUUGGUGCUUCCAAACUUUCUGAAGAGAGUGUUUGCUGGCACCUUUCAACUUCAUACUGUUUGGUGGCUUUUCUGUAAUAAGACACGGUGGGAGGAGUUGGUGAUCAUCUAUGUCAGAAGAUCUAUGUCAGAGGAUCUUGUUUCUUCCCCCUUUAAAAAGGGGCUAAUAUACAGAGUCAUAAGUUCAGACUCCAACAUUGACACAUUAUCUCCGAGAUGGACAUUCAAAUCCGCUCUGCAUGAAUUCUGAGCAUCAAAGUUGCACUCCCUCCAUUUUUGGCUAAGCUCACAAAGGGGUUAAUUAGGAUUCUUUCAUUACCUUAUUUAGUUAGGAUUUUUGCAAGCCUAACAUUACUCCAACUUCUACAGAUCAAAUGAUUAAUUUAUAAUCAAUUAUUACAACCAGAAAAUGUCGUAACCUAAUCUAUAAAAGAGAGACAGUUUGAUGUAGCAGCUCUUGGGUUAGAAACCAGGAGACCAUGAGUUCUAGUCCUGCCUUAGUACAAAGCCAGCUGGGUCACCUUGGGCCAGUCACACAGUCUCAACCCUCGUAAGGAAGGGCAAACCGCUUCUGAAAUCUUGCCAAGAAAACUGCAGGGACUUACCGAGGCAGUCACCAGGAGACUGAUUCAAAAUUGAGUCAUCCAAAAACAUCUCAAAUUGAGCUCAACUUCUAGUUACUUCAUGGACGCAUCCAUCUAGAUUUCUUGACGUUACUUGCUCAUGUCUUCUAUAGUCUUGGACUUUCCUGGCUUCCAUCUACAUAUAAAAUCUGUACUGAUUUUUGUGAUCAGCUAAGGUCAGCUAAUGAAAUAUGCAAGUAAUUUUAACAAUAGAUGUUUAUCCCUACGUAUUGCCACCCAGCCUCAAGUACUCUCCAGUACUCUUUCCUUUUGCCUCAAAAAAAUGAUUUAAUGGAAUGAUAUAUACUUUAAAAAAUGAAGUUCUCCACUUGAAGGAAAAUAAUAAAAUUAAGAUGCUGGAGAGACCUAUAAGAACUUGUCUCAAAGAUAGAAAACAAAUACAAUCAAGCAAAUAUGUGGCUGCUGAGUGACAUUCAGUAUGUCUGAAUCUAUGGACAUUUUCUUCCAAUGGAAGAUCCAAGCAAGGCACUUCUGUUAAUAUAAAGAUUUGCCCACCCUUUACCUUCCAUUGUCAUUGACCUAAUUUUGUAAUAUAGAGCUCAAAAUUGGUGCUGUAAAAGGGAGGGCUCACCUCAUACCAACCACCAGCACUUUUAUAACUUCAGUGCUUUUUGUGUUGGCACCCAGUGGAACUCUAUUGAAUACCUAAGAUAGAGGUUUCCAUAUGUUUGCUCAGCAUCAUGCCAAUUAAUAUAUGGCAUUCCACACAAGGUAUUUGUGAUACUCCAGAACCAUCUCUGGACUUAUCCAGUCUCAUGACCUCAGGUAUCUUAAGAACCAAGUUGAUGUUUUGCUGGUUCAGCUGCAAUAUCUCCACAUUGCAUCAAAAACUGUUCUUUUCAUUGGUGUUCCAGUAUUGGGGAUAACUCUGGAUUAAUUUCAUGUCCCACCUUCUUCCUUUCCCAGCCCCCAGAUGUUCAGCAGGAAUACCAUUCGCUGUGUGUUUUAAGGUUAAUGAAAUGAACAUGAUUAUGAGUCAGCUUCAAAACUCUUGUGGGGUGGGGUAAUGGGACUAGAGAGCAGAAACAACAGGCAAGCAGCAAUGCCAUCAGCACUGUAAUAAUGAACAAUUGUCCAAAUAAAGAGUCACCAACGUUUAGGAACGUUGUCACUUAAGCAAAAGAAGUUAUUGAAAACUUUAGCAGCAUUUUGCAUCUGACUAGGCAAGUACAAUGCAUCGCCCUUACACCAACCUGGUGUCCUCUUCCAAUUGUCAUCCCAAAAAUUGCUGGUUUCAAUUCAAUGAUGUAUGAGAAUUCUGGGACCAACCCAUUUGGAGGAUAUUUGAUUGAGGAAGACUUAAUCUGUGUUUACCAUUUGUCAUUCUUAGUAGCUGAAAUAGAAUGUUUCAGAAAGUGAUCUGAGCUACCUAGUAUUCAUUGCCAACUUGAGCAAUCUAAGCUAGACAGCUUGAGGCCUAAGGUCCAUUUUUGCAAAAUCCACCCAUCCAUAUAACUUUAUUGGAGUACUCUUAAAGACAUACCCAUCUCUUUUUUUACCCCUAAUUUAUUAUACCAUUACUCUUACAAAUUAUGCCAAACAGAGACCAAAAUUACUUGGCUGGAUCUGUUUUUUUUUAAAUGACAAGAAUCUCAAUUGGAGUUCCGUAUUCACGCACCCCCAUCCCUCAGUGCUCCUUGUGAUUCUUCCUUGCUGCUAAAAUGAGAAGGUCCCACAAAGAAAACAACUCUAUAUUCCAUACAUCAAAUUGAGCAAUAACAUUUCCAACUCAGUUAAGUCUACAAGUGUAACUUCUGGGGACUGGUUUGAGUAAGAGCAAGUUUCAUAACAACUGCCACCAGCUCUUUUAUGUCUUUGCUGUGGUUACCUUUUAAACCAGAAGCUUCUUAUUAAAUUAUGUUGAAAACAUGA